UCAACUUUCAUCUUGUACAUUUUCUUCUGUAAUUAUAACUUUAUUCCCAUAUUUUGACCACAUUUCUGCAACCAAAUUUCCCAAUAAUUACAACUUUAUUCGUUCCGCGAAUGGCUCCUGGGCUGCACAUUGCAUACCCCUGCUCUAACGCAUCCAAACAAUAAAACAUGGCGGUCAGUGUACUUGACAACGUUAGGGAUUCGUAUCACUGCACUUUUUUGUUUUGUUUAAGUUCUGCGUGUAGCAGCACCGGAGUGGGAAACACACAUAGCGGGAUGUCGUCCGGAUCAGAACCACCCUGCGAGGCGUCAUGACGCUGACAAAAUGGCCGGGAGUUCUGGGCUUAAAGUGAGGCAGGAGAGCGAACGCACUGGCACGCUUACUGCUACCAAAAUAAUGCGACGCUCAUGUCCUCCUGUUGAGGGACAUUAGAUGUAACAUGCCGGCUGUCGUCGUUCGAGACCGUUACUGCUAGCAUACAAGCUAGGUAGCGAGCGCGAUAGCAAGCUAACGAUGCUAGGCUAAGGCUAGCUGAUACAACUCUUUAGCGAGAGAAAGAAAAGUUGUAUUCCUGAAUUAAAGCAAAAAAACACAAAACCCCCAACACAUCCGCCGUUAUUCGAACACGUUCAAAUCGGGUGGGGGUUUAUUACUCGCUUGCUCGCCUGACGGCCAGCAAACGUACGCUAGCGUGUGCGCCCUUAUGCUAUGAUUAUGUUUCUUAUUCAUUUCGAACGUUGUAAUGUCUGCUGAACAAUACGAGGUGUCCACUUAAGCGUCACCUGACAAGCUGUGGACGGAACUUUGGGCAAGAAGCUGUCAGCCAUCACCGCCAUGGCCCACCCCCCUGUUCAGGGGAACCUGCCCGGUAUGCAGAACACCAGAGCGGAUCCCGAGGAGCUUUUCACCAAGCUGGAACGCAUCGGCAAGGGUUCCUUUGGCGAGGUCUUUAAAGGCAUCGACAACCGGACGCAGAAGGUGGUGGCCAUCAAGAUCAUCGACUUGGAGGAAGCCGAGGAAGAGAUUGAGGACAUUCAGCAGGAGAUCACGGUGCUGAGUCAGUGUGACAGCCCCUUCGUCACCAAGUACUACGGAUCCUACCUGAAGGACACCAAGCUAUGGAUCAUCAUGGAGUAUUUAGGAGGAGGCUCUGCUUUAGAUCUGAUGGAACCAGGAGCGCUGGACGAGACCCAAAUUGCCACCAUUCUGAGGGAGAUCCUGAAGGGGUUGGAGUAUCUGCACUCUGAGAAGAAGAUCCACAGGGAUAUCAAAGCCGCCAACGUGCUGCUCUCUGAGCAAGGCGAAGUAAAGCUGGCAGAUUUCGGCGUGGCGGGCCAACUCACCGACACCCAGAUCAAGCGCAACACCUUCGUGGGCACGCCUUUCUGGAUGGCCCCCGAAGUCAUCAAGCAGUCGGCGUACGACUCCAAGGCUGACAUCUGGUCCCUCGGCAUAACCGCCAUCGAGCUGGCCAAGGGCGAGCCCCCUCACUCGGAGCUCCACCCCAUGAAGGUGUUAUUUCUCAUCCCAAAGAACAACCCCCCGACUCUGGAGGGAAACUACAGCAAACCGCUCAAAGAGUUUGUGGAGGCUUGCCUCAACAAAGAGCCCAGUUUUAGGCCGACUGCCAAAGAGCUGCUGAAGCAUAAGCUGAUUGUCCGCCACGCCAAGAAAACGUCCUACUUGACCGAGCUGGUUGACAAGUACAAACGAUGGAAGGCCCAGCAGUCCAGAACCGCAGAGUCCAGUUCCGACGAGUCCGAUUCGGAGCAGGAUGGGCAGGCGUCAGGCGGAAACGACUUCGGCAGCGACGACUGGAUCUUCACCAUCCGGGAGAAAGACCCGAAGAAGCUUCAGAAUGGAGAGGGCCAGCCGGGGGCGGCAGAGCAGACUAAAGACAUUCCAAAGAGGCCUUAUUCACAGAACCUGACCGCAGUCAUCUCGCCCGCAUUCACAGAGCUCAAGGCCGACCGUGACCCCUUAGUCCUCGACCGCUUGAAGGAGUCCAUCCUACGGGCCGAGGAGGCCUACCCCGGCAUUACGGAUUCCCUCGUGGCUCACAUGGUCCACCGCCUUCAGAGUUUCUCCACAACGUCUCCUUUUACGGCGCAGUGAACAAGCUGAACUCUCGUGCAAAGAACCGACACACGCAAAAAGCUCAAAGACCGGAGACAUCCACUUAUCACGCGUACGACACCAUCAGAAACCACACACACACGCGCCUCACGGCAAGCAGCUUCCAUCAUGGAAAAAAGCUCAGGUAAAGUCCUCGUCAGUGGGCGGGGUCACUUGCUGUGUCUCCAUUGGCUCACUCGCGCCAUUUGGGAAUGUUCGCCUUCAACGCUAGGAAGGAAGUACACGGCGUACACAGAGUACUCUUUUGGAUGUGUACCGAUGCAAGUAUUCCAUUUGAGACACAGCCCGAUUGUACCAAAUGCUUUUAAAAGUCUGUUCGUAGUUUUACCUCCUCCUCUUUUUGUUGUUUCAAACGUCAGCAAGGGGUGUCCGAACCUUUUCCCACGGUGGGGGUGGAUGGGUGGGGGGUCGGUCGGUCUGUUUUUACAUUUGAUUUCAUCAACACAGAAAGGUGCGAGUCAAGAUACACCACGCUAGCAAAUAAACGUCAAGAAAAAGCAGCAGCUUUGCGGCAUAGGCGAGUGGCGCGGUGGCUAGGUGUUAGCUUUAGCACUUUAGCAUUUUUUUUUAUAGCCGGUGGCACAUUCUAAAAGUAUACUUUAACAAGAAAAUAUGUAUUUAAAAAAAAUAAUUGCAAAACAAGAUUUUUUUUACAAGCAUAAAGUUUAAAUAUUAAGAGACCAAAAAAAUCUAUUAAGAAAUAUGUUUCAUUUUCCAAGAAUGUUUAAUUUUGAGGAAAAUAAUAACAUAGUUUUAAAGUUGAAAUGUUCUGAGGACAAAUAGUACCAUUUUAGUAGCAUAUUGUUGAAAUAUUUUACCCAAGAAAGUGGCAAUUUUACGAGAAUACUAUGGAAAUAUUACAAGGACAAAUAAUGUCAUAUUCGUAGCAUAAACCUGGGGGG